AUGGAGAAGCCUUUCUCUAAUAAAAAGUUAAAUGAAAACAAUGCAAGCGUUCGUCGUAUUCUUCAGGAAAUACGUGAACUUCAAGGUAGUAAAGAGGUAGCAGCAACGCCGCGAGAAGAUAACAUUUUUGAAUGGCAUUUUACAAUACGUGGUGUACCUGGUUCAGAGUUUAAUGGGGGGAGAUAUCAUGGAAAAAUUUUUCUUCCUCCUCAAUAUCCAUUUCGUCCUCCAAGUUUUCGUUUUUGUCAUGAAAAUGGGCGUUUUUCUGUAAACAAAGAUAUAUGUCUUAAUAUAUCAUCUUUUCAUGAAGAACUUUGGCAGCCGGUUUGGGGGAUUCAUACCGCCCUUAUAAGUCUUUCUAAUUUUAUGCUUACAAAAGCCGAUGGACAUAUUGGAGGAUUAGAUUUUACUGUAAACGAGAAAAAAAAAAUAGCGUUACAAUCUCGUGAUUGGGUAUGUCCUGAAUGCAAUAAAAGAAAUAUUGAUAUUCUUCCUGAUCUUGAAAAUGAAUUUGAAGCUUUUUCACAUUCUGAUAUCCCAAAGUUAUGUUUUUCUUAUAAGGAUGAUGGAAAUAUUAAGGAAAAUAGAAUCUUUACUUUUUUUUCUUUAACAAAAAUAUUUAUUAAACGAUGGUUAUCAAUUUUUAGAACUUAUUUUUUUUCAUCCGCCUUUAUAGAAAAAUAUGAAAUUAUACCCUUCUGGAUAGAUCUUGUAAUUGCUUUAUUGGUUAUUAUUUUGCUUUAUGUUAUUAUUAGACGUUUUCUUCUAUAA